UGCCUCUCUCUAUUUUAACUUCCUUUAUGGCUGCCCCCCUAUCACCAACAUCCAGCUCAGGGUGUGGGAGGGGAUCUGUGUGUGCUUGAGUGUGUGUUCAUGUGAGAGACUCAACUCAGGUGGGCAACUAGAAGGAACCCUGGGACAUAGUUGCAGUAGUAGUUGUCUUCAUUGAGGGGGCCCUGUAAAAACAUGGAGCGUGUGUACUGAGGGCCCCAAGGCCGAAAACUGAAUCAAAGACACAAGCACAGACCGCACCAUGGUGGCCGAGGAAGUUAUCAUCACCUUGUCGGGAGGAGCGCCCUGGGGCUUCAGACUGCAGGGAGGAAUUGAGCACCAGAAACCUCUGCAAGUUGCCAAGGUACGUAAGCGAAGUAAAGCCUGCCGGGCCGGUCUGCGUGAGGGAGAUGAGCUGAUGUCCAUCAAUGAGAAUUCCUGUGGGAGUCUGUCACAUGCCCAGGCCAUGAACCUGAUCGACAGCAUGCCAGGAACGCUACACAUCCGAGUUAGGAGGGCACCGGCUGGCUUCCAGUCGGUGGUUCUGGUUGCUCGAGCUCCUUCUCCUCGCAUUGAUAAAGAGUACCGUGCCGCCCUUAGGGCCAUGUCCCCAUCCGGCUCCCGACCUCACCAAUCCAGCGUACGGCAGAUCCACCGUGGAUCCCUGAUGUCUCCGACUGGACGCAGUGGAUUGACCUCCCCACCUGGCAGCGAAGCCUACUAUGGAGAAACGGACAGCGAUGCAGAUGUGGCUGCUUAUGAGAGGCAUCGCAAACCAAAGCGACGUAGUCCCAGCAAUUCACCAGGCAAGGCUGGUCGAGCCUCACCAGAGGGAGCGGAGACUUCAGAAAUGAGUGGGUAUGACAGUGCCUCGGAUGCCCAAGUGUACAAUCCUUUGGGGCCUAAUAAGAGGGAAGACACAUUGCCAGGUGUAGCUCGCAGAGAAGUUAUUUACCAGCCCCCUUUGCAUGGAGCAUGGUCCUCACAAACUUCCACUGAGACUUCGUCAAUGAGUGCAGACGACCAGAACCCAAGAGAAUGUUUAAUGGAAGAAGACAGUGGGUUUCAGGAGCCCACAAAUAUCCCCCCUCUUGUUUCUCCAGAAAGAGCCAAAGAAGCUCUAAUGCUGAGCUCUCGUAGUCAGCUGGUGCCAAUGGUUGGGCCAGUUGACAAUCCAGUGGAUGAGGAACUCACAUUAACAUACAUGGAUAAAGCAAAACAAGCAAAAUUGAACCGUGGAGAGACAAUCACAGACAAGCAGGUGAAAGAGGCCCGGUCCAAGUGCCGCACAAUCGCCUCACUACUGACAGAUGCACCAAACCCUCAUUCAAAGGGUGUACUGAUGUUUAAAAAACGCCGGCAACGAUCCAAGAAAUAUACACUGACCAGCUUUGGAAGUGUUGAUGAGGACAUGAGGCAGGAUUCUCAAGAAGAGGAUGGCAUAUUUCCUGGCAGUGAAUCAGAAUUUGAUGAGGAAGGUUUUUCUGCUGCACCGGACCCCACAUGGGACAGCGACUACCUUGAAAUGCUGGAGAAAAGAUGUGCUUCCAGAGGUCAAGAAGGAGAUGGUGGUGCUCUUAGUCCUGGUCUGAGUGAUACCUCUGGAAAGGGGGCACAGUUGUUUGAGCAGCAGAGGAAAAGGGCUGAGGAACAUGCAAAGAAAAUAGAAGCUGCACAAGAACAGUUACAAAGUCAAAUGCUGGGCAUUUCUCUGAAAGAUGCACAGGCACUUCCUCCGCUACAGACACCACACCCAGACCCACUGACAAAGCUCAAUGUCCAGCCACCACCAAUUGCUCCAAAACCUGCCAGACCUUCAAAAACCGUUUAUCAUGAUGUUCAAGCAGCCGAAACACAAAACAAGACACAGAUGAAUACACCUCAGAUCAUCCCCACUGUUCCUGUUAUGGUUAAUGGAGAUGCUUCAAACACAAUUGUGACAGCGCCCUCUGUGGUGCCCAAAACUAAUCUCUCAGUUCUUUCUACAGAAACGGUGAUGCCUCCGCCACCAACUCCUUUACCAGAACUUCCUACCAGCUCUGUGUUAAACAGAACUGCCAGACCUUUUGCCCCAGGCUGCAUUACCAAUCGGGCAGCCACUGCUCCUGUUGUGUUUCGCCCUGCAGUCAGUAAGAAGACACCCAGACCUGUUUCAGUGGCUGUGGUGGCACCUCCAUUUCCAGCAGCAUUAGAAGAGCAUGUUAUGUGUGUCAUCCCAGCCGCAUUUGGUACCCAAGUAACAAUGAGUCAAAUGAAUGCCAAUCUCCCUGAUGAAAUAAAACCCACACAACCCUUAACACCAGGAAUGUCUAUUCCUCCACCUGCUGCUGUAUCAAUUGAAUCAUAUUCUCAACCUGCUUUUCAGUGCUCCUCAGUGGAAAGCAUCCAGGUUGCAUCACUUCCUAUAGUUCAAGCCCAAGAGCCUACUUUUCCAAUAAUUGCAGAAACAAUUGUUCCUCCUGCAAUACCCGUUGAUGACAUGGUGACUGCUUUGGCUUCUGAUAUGCAUCCUCAGGGUAUAGCAAUAUCCAAAACCUCUUCUAUUUUGACCCCUACUGCUUCUGAGACCACUUCAAGCCCUGUAAUUCCACUGUCACCUGUAGUCUAUCGUGAAAAACCAGCUUCUGUUGGUGGCCGCACUGGUAUUCUCCAAGAUGCCCGCCGCCGUAGUGCAUACAAGCCAAUGUUUAAGACGCCUGAAAGCAAGAAGAACUCACCAAAUCCUGAACUGUUGACUAUGGUGCAGAACCUAGAUGACAGACCCAGGCAUGGGUAUCCUGAACCAGAAAAUAUUGUUUACAACAUUGAUGAAAAUAGGACAAGGGUCCCACCACCUGUGGCUCCUAAGCCACGAGUCAUCCCAGAAAUGUCUCAGAUCCCUCAGGCAGAGGGAAAAGGUGCAGAGCUGUUUGCUCGUAGACAAAGCCGCAUGGAUCAGUUUGUUGUAGACACUCCAUAUCUGCAGCCAGCACCUUUACAACACCAACAAUCCCAAUCAGUCAUAGACUUGAUCCAACCUCAAGAACCCUCGCCAACCCCAUCACAAUGGAAGUAUUCCCCUAAUGUUCGUGCUCCUCCACCCAUAGGUUACAAUCCCUUGCUGUCUCCUUCCUGUCCAGUUGGGGUGCAGCGUGCAGGCGCAAAGGUGUCUGAGGGAAGCGCCAAAGGAAGUAAGGGUAGUUAUGGUGUCCCAAAAGAGGGUAUCAAGGCCUUGGAUUUCAUGAGAAGGCAGCCCUACCAGCUGAACCCUGCAAUGUUCAGUUUUGGUGGUGGCAUUGGCACACAGUCUUCAAUCCCUUCCUAUCAGAGGCAGCAGAGGGAGGGCCACACUCUGACUCCACCCAAGCAGAUCCCAGUAAAGGCGGCACGUGUGUAUGAAAUCAAAAGAUUCUCUACUCCCACCCCAAUGUCAGCACCAACUCUCAACCCCACAGUCAUUAUACCACGCUCACAGACCACCCUUGGUGAGCGAAUCUCUCGUUCUGACAUGACUUCCCCUCCACCUGAACCUGUACCUGAAUCAUCUGCAGCACCUUCACGUGCCCCAGGCCUCCCAGAGCUCCCCAAAAUUUCAUCUGUGCCCAUCCCUCACCCCAUGCCAUACUCUCCACCAGUUCCCAUGUCAAGUAUGUCAAAUCUAAGCUACUCUGGGCUCCAAGCUGCCAAACAGUUUAAGAGUGCCCCUGAAUUAAGUGCCCUACCACCAAAUCCCCUAAAAUCCCCUAUCCAAGUUCCCAAACCUCACUUUAUUGCAACACGAGUGGGUAUACAGCCUCGCGUCUGGAGACCUGGUACCUUACCUCACUGACAGUAUUACUUGGCAUGUGAAAGACUGAAACAUCUGUAUAGGGCUAAGUCUCAAAGUUAAAACCUUUCAAGUUUGAUUAGUGUGUUAACAUUAUAUUUUAUAUCAUUUGAAACUACAAAGGAAUAACAUGUGCUGCGUCCAGAUUUGCAUACUAUCCAUCCUAUAUAGUAAAUGAGUAAGCUAAAGGUUCCUGAAUUGUCUGUAAUUUGAAGUGUAGAACCGUUUGGUCACUACAAAGAUUGGUAAAAAGAGUAAACAAACUACAAACAUAGCGGAAAAUAUUUAAAUCAUGUUUCCUGUGUUAUAGUUCAUCUGAAACAAAAAUGUGAACUUCUAUAAAGAUGUGUUUGGACAUUAACUUCUGAAUGCAUAAUUAUGCAAACAGCUGAGAAGAUUUCUUUCAUUUAGGCUGUAGUAUAGGUAGGAGAAUUGGGACACAGCAAUGAUUCAGCUUUUUGUUUUUUCAAAACAUAACUGAGAAAUCUACAAUGUCAGCAUUUCUUUGGUAAUAUGUUUUAAAUUCUUAAUAUCUUAUUGUGAAUUUAAAUUGACCUAACAUGCGUGCAUUUCUCAAUGCAUGUCCUGGUCUUGAGAACAAUUUUUCUACAUUGCUCAAAUGAAAACAUCAGACUGUUACUGCUUUUCUCUCAGAAAUGUGUCUCAGAUGUUACACAAACUUCAAGGGUAAUUGGUAAUUGUAUUCAAGAACAAACUAGAUACUUAGGCAUUGUUUUAGCAAACUCACUGUGGUGUUUCGAGAUAUUGUCCUCCAAAUUUCUUCAAGACUGUAUGUGAGUUUUCAUUUUGGGCACCUUUUACGUACAAAAGUCUUAUCGCUGUGCUUUUCUUAGCGUAAAACCUUGAUCUUCAUUACACAUUUAAAGAAAGGGUAAAUACUAAGAAAAAAACAUUAAGCUGAGGCUUUGUUUUGCAGUGUGCUCUUAGGUCAAUCAGAAAUGUUAUCUCUCCUGGCAGAGCCUGAACUGAACAGGUGCAUGAGGGUCAUAGACUAUUUGUAGGAGCAAAGCAAACAGGGAACCAGACUGGUUCCUUAAAAUGUGCUAUGGCUGGAUAUGUGGUCUUUAAAUCCCACUACCUGUAUAUUAAUCAAAAAGCACUAAUGAACAUCUUGUGUUUUCAUUAUUAUAUUAUAUAGAAACAUAUUUAAGUGGUCAAGUCAGCAAGUGUUGGAAAGGUAUAGUGUUGGAGAGAGUUCUAGAGAUAGACAUGUAGGCUAUCUGAGCACUGAAGCAAAUCUGUCACAUGAAGACAGGCAUGAAAAGUGCGAAGCUAGCACUAUCCAGGAUUAUCAGAAGGUUAAUUAGCCAACUGGCUUUACUGGAAUUAGUCAGAGUACUCAAAGCAACAUGUCAUAUUUGAAUGACGUGUGGCAGUGAGGCUGAUGAUUUCAAGGAUGAGUUGUUUUUGAAUGUGUUCCCAAAACCCUCAAAAAUAUGACAAUGUCUUAAGAGAAAACAAUCUGAGGCCUUUUAACAUUAAGGGAACAAUGGACUGAGGUUUAAAGAAAGGAAAUCAGUAUAUUAAUGUGUGUUAGAUAUUAAGAGAGGAUGAGUAAAUAAUGAUUGCAGUUCUGGCAGGUGAGAAUAUUUCAUUUUUAAAACAUCUCCUUUUAUAAGUUACAUGUAGAAAAUGAAUAAGAAGACAGCAAAAGUAAAUUGGGUGAUGAAAUCCUGAGCCAUUUUGUGUUUUUCCAUGUUAGUUUGUCUUCAUGUUUUAUAAUAGACUAAAGCGUUUUUUUAACCGCUCUUAAUUUUGGCUGUUGUACAAUUCAUUGAAUCAGUGUGCCCGUCUUUCUAAAAUUUGCUUUGUGUUUAAUGUCUCUAGUGCUUACGAUGGGCUCAGUUGAACUUUAGCACGAGUAAUUCUGAAAACUGAAAGUCUCAUGCAUUUCUAAUUCAAUAGUUGAGUAGUUUGAAUAAAACAUGCCUGAAAUUGUAAAGAAA